GGAGGAGGGCGCGUGGCGCGCUACGUAGGGGGUGGCUCCGCCUGGACUGCGAGUAGCUGUUCCCGAGGUGGUGCUCUCGGGGGACGGUGGGACAAUCUGCAGGGGAGCAGCGACGCGGACUGGCCGCUGGCAAGUGGGGAGGAUGCUGGUGGUGGAGGUGGCGAACGGCCGCUCCCUGGUGUGGGGAGCCGAAGCGGUGCAGGCGCUGCGGGAGCGCCUGGGAGUGGGGGGCCGCACGGUGGGCGCCCUGCCCCGCGGGCCCCGCCAGAACUCGCGCCUGGGCCUCCCGCUGCUGCUGAUGCCCGAGGAGGCGCGGCUCCUGGCCGAGAUCGGCGCUGUGACGCUGGUCAGCGCUCCGCGCCCAGAUCCCCGCCACCACGGCCUGGCUCUGGCAUCAUUCAAGCGCCAGCAAGAGCAGGGUUUCCAGGAGCAAAGCGCCUUGGCAGCUGAGGCCAGAGAGACUCGUCGUCAGGAGCUCCUGGAGAAGAUUGCCGAGGGCCGGGCUGCGAAGAAGCAGAAGCUUGAACAGGAUUCAGGGGCCAGCGGGAGCCAGGAGGCUGGUGGGAGCCAAGCUGCGGGAGAGGAUGCGGCCAGUGCUAGCCAGGCUUCUGGACAGGAGGAAGCAGGCCCCUCCUCUCCGCAGCCAGGACCUUCCAAUGGGGUAACUCCCUUGCCCAGGUCCGCCCUCCUUGUCCAGCUGGCCACUGCCAGGCCGCGUCCCGUCAAGGCUAGGCCCCUGGACUGGCGAGUCCAGUCCAAAGACUGGCCCCAUGCCGGCCGUCCAGCCCACGAGCUGCGCUACAGCAUCUACCGGGACCUGUGGGAGAAAGGCUUCUUCCUAAGCGCCGCCGGCAAAUUCGGGGGAGACUUCCUGGUCUAUCCUGGGGACCCGCUGCGUUUCCAUGCCCACUACAUUGCUCAGUGCUGGGCUGCCGGGGACCCCAUCCCACUCCAGGACCUGGUUUCUGCUGGCCGCCUCGGAACCAGCGUCAGAAAGACCCUGCUCCUCUGUUCUCCGCAGCCUGAUGGUAAGGUGGUCUACACCUCCCUGCAGUGGGUCAGCCUGCAGUGAUCUCCAGAGGCCUGGGAGGAUGUCGCGGUCGCGGCAAGAGCCUUUCUAGACGUUCCAAAGCUCAUCUCUGCGUGGGAGGCCAGAACACCCUCCCACCACUCUCUACGGUUAGUUUUUGAUUCCAGGGUUUUAAACACUACAUCCUUCUUAUAUCCCUCCCUGUUUCAACGCACUUAUUGGCUUUUUUUUGUAGUUCUCUAUUUCCAACUGUUUUUUAAAUGAGCUUUUUGAGAGUGAGGACUGGGUUUGAUUCAUCUGUUUUCCACAGGGUCUCGCUCCCAGGAGGCAUCAAUAAACUUGUUGAAUAAA